CCGGAGCAUUCCCUUCCUGCUUACCUGCUUACUGCUGCUGGUCUUGGACCCCUCCCCCGGCUUUCCCAAAUCCUCCCGGCUUCCUCAUCCGCCACGCACCGGAGCCUUUUCAAGCUGAAAAAUGGCGAGCUACAAGUUUCAAUGGCCGUACAAUGCGAAUGAGGUGUUUGUCACAGGAACGUUCGAUGACUGGGGCAGGACGGUCAAGUUGGACCAGAAGGGCGACGUUUUCGAGAAGGAAGUCGAAAUCCCGGUGACGGGCGAGAAGGUGCACUACAAGUUUGUCGUUGACGGCAUCUGGACCACUGAUAACCGAUUACCUGAGGAGGACGACGGCAGCAGCAACGUUAACAACGUUCUCUACCCCGACCAGCUUCAAACAAACUCCGUUUCAGCCCUACAUAACGGCAGCCCCCAAGACAUGGCUACUGUCUCUGGCGUUACCCCAACCUCCACAACUGCCGGCUUAGCUGGUGGUGUCUCCAAGGAGUCCGGAGGGCUUCCUAUCUCGACAACAGCGGGGCUAGACAAGGACGUUCCCCUUGAGCAAGGGGCUCAUAUCCCCGGAGGAUUUCCCGCAGAGUCUCCUUACUCUGAAUAUUCCGUGAACCCCAUCCCAGCCUCGAGCGGCAUUGGCAACCCGAUCCAUCUCAAGCCAGGAGAGAAAGUCCCCGACCCGAGCACAUUCAAUUCGAACACAGUACAGUCGACUGCUCGCACAGGCCAAGAAGCAUAUGGAGGGACUGACAGCUCUCGGCUGGCUGGUGCUGGUGCAUUCUCCGCUCCUCCUGUCUCCAAAAACACGAUUCCCGAAUCCAGCCUCCCAGUGGGAGGUGCAGCCGGCUCUUCUGCUGCAUACGCCAACGCCGACCCCACGGUGCAGUCGGCUGCGCCAACAUCCACCACCGCCGGACUCGCUGGCAACGUCCCGCUCGAAUCCCAGAGGAGACAAGUCGCCGACACCACAGCCCCAGCAGACGACGUUCCUGAUGUUGUGAAGGAAUCGAUGUCCAAAGCACACCGAGACCCAGAAGCUGCAGCAAACAGGCAGGUCGUCGAGGAGAAAAAGGAACUGGAGGAAGAAAUUCACCGGAGAGUUCCAGUCGAGAACUCGAGAGGCACCCCGGCACCUACCACCACCGCUGCUACUACAGAUACCGCUCCGAAGGCCACGGCUGCUGAACCAGGAUCGGCACAGCUGUCACCACGGACGACUACCCCCACGGGCACCAAGACCACAGCCCCCGGGGAGGAAGCUGCCCAACAACAGACAACUGGCGCUUCUGAAGGUGCCAAAGAUUCCUCACAAAUCCCUGCGGCUGGAGCUGCGGCCGCCGGAGUUGCUGGCGUGGGUGGUGCAGCUGGGGUUGGUGGUGCCACUAGCGGUGUCGGUGAUGCUGGCGGAGCAGCCGGGACCGGCGGAAAGGAAGAGAAGAAGAAGAAACGAUCGAGUUUCCUGGCUCGACUGAAGGAGAAGUUCAAGUCAUGAUGGAUACGCAUGUUGAUAAUUAUUCGCCUGGAUACCUUAUUACGCUCGUCUAUACUUAGGUUAUAUUCUCUUGUCUACGUCUCUUGUUUAUAUACUGCUAGGUUGGAAGUGUAAUUGCGUAUAAUAAUACUUGUCUGUCUAUUCACAUAACUGCGUCCUAUAUCGGUAUACAAUCCGACACUUGCCCAUUCAGUUUAACCGGAUAUGCCAACACAUCUUUCCCGGCCUUCGUACAACAGCAUCCACAAAAUAUCGAUGCCGGAUAACAUACAAUCGCCGCAAGAAUCGUCGCGACAAAGC